AUGUGUUUCGGAAGCAGCAGCAAAGAGGACCCGGAAGCGAAGAAGAGCAAGGAGAUCGAAAAGCAGUUGCGCGAGGACCAGAAGCGCUUGGCCAAGGAGGUCAAGUUGCUGUUGCUCGGUGCCGGCGAGUCUGGUAAAUCGACGGUGCUGAAGCAGAUGCGCCUGAUACACACCAAGGGAUUCUCACAAUCUGAGCGGAAACAAUGGAAGGUCACCAUUUUUCAGAACUUGUUGCAUGCCUUUCAGGUUGUAUUUGGCGCAAUGGAGGAACAAGAGGUCGAGUUUGCCGAGGAGAGCAAUGUGCGCUUUGCGGAGAUCCUCGCGGCUGAUCCAGAUAUUGGUGCGGACGACCCAAUGCCUCUCGACUGCCUCAAUGCCUUCAAGAGCCUGUGGAGGGAUGAAGGCGUGCAGCUCGCGAUCAAGAAAGGCAACGAAUACGCCCUUCACGACAACCUCACCUAUUACUUUGCGGACAUUGAGAGACUUUUCGCCAAAGACUAUCUUCCCACCGAUCAGGACAUCCUGCGAGCACGGCUCAGAACGACCGGCAUCAGCGAAACCAUAUUCGAGACCGGCGCACUCACCUACCGCAUGUUCGAUGUUGGCGGACAACGAUCUGAGCGGAAGAAAUGGAUCCAUGUAUUCGACAAUGUGCAGGUCGUACUCUUCUUGGUUGCAAUCAGUGGCUACGAUCACGUCCUCAUAGAAGACCGCAAUGGCAAUCAAAUGCAUGAAGCGUUGAUGUUGUUUGAAAGCAUCGCAAACAGCAAAUACUUUGAGAAAUCCGCUCUGAUUCUCUUCCUCAACAAGAUUGAUCUAUUCCGGGAGAAGGUCGCUUCCGGCCAAUCGCUGAUCAGGGAACACUUUCCCGAUUAUGCUGGCGUCGACACUGAUGUGGAGGAAGGCAUGCAMUUUUUCGCCAGGAAGUUCAAGAAUCUGGUGCGGGAUCCGGACAAGGAUGCUUAUGUUCAUUUCACAAAUGCCACCGACACCAACCUCCUGGACAAGACGAUGAAGAGUGUGCAGGACAUGAUUGUGCAACGCAACCUGCACAACCYCAUGCUCUGA